UUCAGUAUUUCAAAUUGUUUCCGUUUUAAAUAUUUAUUUUAUUAUACAUAACGCAGGUACUAGAUUUGAUUCUUUUGCACAACCUAGAUUAAUUUCAAAUUUUAUUUUUAUUGAUUAUAAGCGUUUCUGCAAUACUUUUUUAUUGGUUCCGCUACUCUUGUGGUCUUUGCGCGUUGCUAAAAUUUAUUGUUAGAGUGGGUCUUUGUUACUCUAUCCUCAAGUUGCCGUGAAAAAGCUGGUUUUAGACCUCGGAUUUGUUGGCACCGCGCCUGAAAGUGAACGCUGUGAUCAAAAGCGCGACAGUAACAAUCAAAAGGCUUGACCCAUUGAGAAAUAAUCUAAAAUUCUCUUUUUGACUUGCACUUAAAAAGCGAAUUCUGAGCCUAGUGAGUAAUAUAUUUUUGUUACAAAAAUAUAUUGAACUGUUAGGAUAGAAGCUUUUGAAUUUCCUUCUCAAAUUCUUUAUUCAUAUUAUUUCCCUUCAAAUCUGCUGCGUAGUGCAUUAUUGUAAUGAGAAACAUCAUAUUUCGUUUCAUGGCUCACAAUAUAAGAAUAACUAACCAGGUCGGGCGCGCACUAAACACUCGUCAGACGAGCCUUUGUAUUAUUUCACGAUCGGUCAGGUGUGCACGGCGUUUUAAUAAUGUGUGUGUUCGAGGCGUCAAGUCGAUCCAUUCCAACCAGUUUAUUUCACAACUGAACGAGCAAGAGAGAGAGAAACGCUCUUUCCAUAUAGUUUUGUAGGCGAUGGAGACCUGCCAGGUCGCAGACUCCUCGCCCACCAAAAGGCAGAGGAAAACUGCUGUGGUGUCGCUGUUGCAGAAGGUGGACGUCGUCCCGGACAACCACGAUGACGUGCCCUACGCCGAUGGAAGCGAGCACAGCGAAAACUCGGACGAGGAGGCGGACAAGGUUGCGGAGAACGGAAUCUCCAGACUCACCGCUCCGGAGCCUGGCGCGCUCACGGCCAAAUUCAGGAGGCGCAAUUCCAUCUCGCUGCCCGCGGGACUCGACGCAUUGCUCGAAUUGCCCGAAGAAAAGCGAGCAAAAAUGAAAGGUGACAAAGAAAUCUCUCCGGUCAGCAAAACAGAUUUAGAAGCCAUUACAGAGGCAAACACUAAGGGCGAAGGAGCGUCAGAUGGAGAGUCAAAUAGCGGUGGGUCUUGUUCAGACGAUGAAUCUUCGUACUCAGCAUCAGAUGAAGAAAAUAUAUCUGUGAAAAUGCCACUGCGCUCCUCGAGGAAAAAAUCUGUGAUGCCCCUUCCAAAACUGCGACUCAACGACACUGAGCUGCCCGACGAAUUCUUAGACAGAGGUUUCAGCGGCAUGGAGUCGCCAGGCAACUCUGUCACCAGUAUUAAUAGUCUGUCUAGUCUUCUGAAGGAGAAAUUAGUGAUGACAUUCCCUGGUGUGCUACGGCGGAAACGUCCGCGGGAAUACAAACUCAAGGCAUUCGUGGCCAUCCUUUUUCUUUGCAUUGUAUUUUUAGUUGGUUUUGCCUACAUUUUCUAUCACCAGCAAGUAUUACAGAGGGCCUACUUUGAGAGGAUAAGAUUUAACAAGGACGAGCGGCAGAUGAAAGUGUAUGGAGCCGACGGCCAAGAACUUAUUUCCGGAGUGUUGGGAGUCGGUCUCGGUGGUCGCUCGUACCCCUGCCUGGCAAGGGACAACCCUGGCAAUGGCUCGGUUUGUCUUGAGUGGAUGCGGUACGCACGCCUCGUGAUGCGUUACGACGAGUUCGCAGAUGACGUGCGGUGCUACCACAUCACCUGGCAGUCCCUUUCUCACCAACACCACCCGACCGACUGCUUUGACUGGAGUUUCAGCAAAGGCCACUGGUUUGGCGGCGGUUUGGCCAGUGGAGGCGCCUGGCCUUUGGAAAAGGGCCACGUCAGGAUGGCGCCGUUCGUCACUGGGUCUGUUCCAGGGCAGUCGUGGGCGAACGUCCUGCAGCGCUACUUCCUAAACUCUCAGGGCGCAGCCAUUCUAAUCGACGACGACAGUCCCCUAUAUGUCGACCUCAAUUCGACCAUGGCCAGCAAAUUCUGUAUCAAGGCCAAGCAUGAUGACUUUGCCUAUGUUUACCACAAAACAGACAUGCCUCAGUUGAACUACUCGGUCUGCACCGCUCCAGAUGUGAAGCAGCUGCACUCAUUUUUGGCUGAAAGCUCACUUUGGGACGGCAUCAAGGAGUCUGACGAGCAGAUCAUAAACUCUUUGCUGACAGAACCGAUCUGGCAAAUUCCUGCAAACAACCCUGACCAGCUGACCGAACAGGAGGUGGCUAACCUUACCGAGGAAGUAGUUUCUCUGGGCUACCCAGCAGGGCCUGUAUUGCUGAAUGAAUUCUGGCAGUCGAGCGCAGGUGAUCUGGUGCUGGACGAAAGCCGCUUCCCCACAUUCAAGGAUACAGUCGACAUCAUCCAUCGUAGAGGCUUCAGGGUUGUGCUCACCGUCCAACCCUUUAUCAGCACCGAGUCCAAUAACUUUUACGAAGCGGUUCGUGAAGGCCUCUUGGUCAACGAACGGGGCGGAGAAAUACCUGCGCUCACAAGGUACAAGAACUUUCUGAGUGCUGGUGUGGUGGACAUUACCAAAAACCAUUCCAUUUUGUGGCUCCAACAAAAGCUCAAGUCCUUGCAGCAGCAGCACAGCAUAGAUUCAUUUUACCUGGAUAUGGGCAGCGCCUACGACAUGCCUCGUUACUACCAAUUUGACCAGCAGCUCACCAACCCCGACCAGUUCAAAACUCAGCUGACCAAGAGAAUCCAGCAAAGUGUUCCUCUGCUCGGAGUAUCUGGGGCGAUACAGCGCCCGCAGCCUCCAACCUUUGUCUCGCUGCCUCCCUUUGCCUCAGACUGGCGCUCCCUGAACACCAUCAUACCUGCCCUUCUCACCUACGGCAUCAUGGGCUAUCCUUUUCUCCUGGCCGGACCUGUUGGGGGCGAAUGCGAAAUCACCUCCAACCUGCCUGAGCGGGAGUUGUACAUUCGUUGGAUGCAACUUGCCGCUUUUCUUCCCACCCUGAGCUUCAAGCACCUGCCCAGCAGAUACGACGCAGAAGUUGAAAAGAUCGCAAAAGGCCUUUUGGAACUGAGGCAAACGCUGGUGAACCCUUUGCUCACAAAAUCCAUCGACGAGGCUCUAAACAACGGAAUUCCGUUCGCGCGCCCUCUCUGGAUGCUGGAGCCUCUGGGGCAGGCGGCGCAGAGUGUGGACGACGAGUUCUCCAUUGGCGACCAAAUUAUUGUUGCCCCUGUUCUGCAGCAAAACUCGGAGGAGCGGGAAGUCUACUUGCCGAACGGUGUGUGGAAGGACGGAAUCGACGGUAGUCUGCGAAAGGGCAACAGGUGGAUUCACCACUACAGAGUGCCUCUGGACAAAGUUGCAUACUUUUUGAGGAUGCCUAACAAUACCAGGUUUUAAAUGUAUGAAAUUCAGACUUCUUUAAUAAUUCAAUUAAGUGGUAUUAGAGCUGUAAAUUAAAUCUUUGAUGAUAUCUAUUGUAUUGAAAAAAAAAAUAUCUCAGGUGUAUAAUUUAAUUUUUCUCGUAUGCAGAAUACACCAAAAAAUUAAAAGACGUGUUUAGGAAAAUUUUAUUAUUUGUGCCUUAUUUUGUCUGCAUAUACUUAAAAAUACUUUAACU